GGGGCAACAACGACGACCUCUGUUCGUCGCAGCAAACAGGGGCUCAGCCCCAUGCUUGUUCAGGGGAGCAGGUUUCGUAAUUAUGCGUCUGGACCACAUUUGGGUCGAGGUCAACAUCUGCUCGAAGUUGUCACACUCCAGAAUGCGACUCUCAGCUUGAAUCUGCUGUCCCGCAGCUGGAGAUCGGGGCCAUGAUGGAAGUCUCGAAUCUGCUUUUGCCUCGCGUGUGUUGGUAAUGUGAUUUACUCAUCUCGUCACGAUAUGCGAAGGUUUCUCUAAACUCAGUCCAGCGGCUGAGGUCUUUUGAGAAACUUGAACAGGAUGAAGCUACUUCCAAGGGAACACGAAAAACUUGCCCUACAUGCAGCCGGCAGUCUUGCUCAGAAACGGCUUGCACGUGGGAUUCGGCUGAAUCACCCGGAAGCUGUUGCACUCAUAGCCACUCAGGUUUUGGAAUUUAUCCGAGAUGGAGAUAAGUCAGUUUCUGAGUUAAUGGAACUGGGGCGACACUUCCUUGGCAAGAGGCAAGUUUUACCUGCCGUUCCUUUACUCAUAGAGAGUGUCCAGAUUGAGGGAACAUUUCCAGAUGGCACAAAACUCGUGACUGUGACGGACCCCUUUCCUGAUAUGGAUGGGGAUCUUGAAAAAGCGUUGUAUGGUUCAUUCCUACCAGUGCCAGAUUUAUCUAAAUUUGAUUAUCAAGACCGUAUAGGGGAUGAAGCAGAAGUGCUCCCUUCAAGUGGUUUAUCUCUGCCUGGAAAAAUUAUGAUUAAUGCAAACCGGAAAGCUGUCAGGCUGAAUGUAACAAAUUCGGCAGAUCGUCCAAUCCAGAUUGGCAGUCACUACCAUUUUAUAGAGACAAAUCCUCUCUUGAUUUUUGACCGAGAGAAAGCCUACGGCAAGCGACUUAAUAUUCUUGCUGGCACAGCGAAACGAUUCGAGGCAGGUGAUACAUGCCCUGUGAUUCUUGUCGAAAUUGGUGGUAACAAGAGGAUUACUGGCGGUAAUGGAGUAGCAAGUGGUCCAGUGGACCCAUCACGCCUGCCGGAGAUUAUGAAGACUGUCAUCGAGAGGAAAUUCGGCCAUGAGAAGGAGCACAAUGCGCUUGAAGGUUUCUCAGGUCAAGAUUCGGCACUGACAGAGAUGGUUGACAGAGAAAAAUAUAUGAAUAUAUUUGGUGUGACGAAGGGUGACAAGAUUAGGCUUGGUGAUACUUGCCUAGUAGUUGAAGUGGAGAAGGACUUCGCAAUAUAUGGAGAUGAAUGCAAGUUUGGUGGAGGAAAGGUCCUGAGAGAAGGAAUGGGGCAAGUGAGCGGAUAUCUCUCGGCAGAUGUUUUGGAUGUCGUUAUUACAAACGCGUUAGUGAUAGACUACAUGGGGAUUUACAAGGCGGACAUAGGUAUAAAAGGAGGGCUUAUAAAAGCCAUCGGGAAAGCAGGAAAUCCUGACGUAAUGGACGGUGUUUAUAACGAUCUGGUGGUUGGGGUUAACACGGAAGCCAUUGCUGGAGAAGGACUCAUUUUAACUGCAGGUGGUAUAGACAGCCACAUCCACUUCAUUUGUCCACAACUUGUGGAUGAAGCUAUAGCCAGUGGUAUUACGACUAUGAUUGGUGGAGGUACCGGACCAGCACAUGGUUCACUUGCUACAACUUGUACACCAGCCCCCGAGCAAAUGCGCACAAUGUUGAUCGCGACUGAUGAACUACCACUAAACUUUGGAUUUUCUGGCAAGGGAAAUACUUCUGAACCAGAGGGCCUUGCCGAUAUUAUAAAAGCUGGAGCUAUAUGCUUGAAACUACAUGAAGACUGGGGAACUACACCUGCAGCUAUCGACACUUGUCUCAGAGUAGCUGAUGAAUACGAUAUUCAGGUCACUAUACACACAGAUACCUUGAACGAGUCAGGCUGUGUCGAAGAGACCAUCAAGGCCAUCGGAGAUCGUUGCAUUCACACAUAUCACAGUGAAGGAGCUGGAGGAGGUCAUGCACCCGACAUUUUGAAAGUUUGUGGAUUACUCAAUGUUUUGCCAUCGUCAACCGAUCCUACAAGACCAUAUACCAUAAACACUGUUGAUGAACAUCGUGAUAUGCUGAUGGUUUGUCAUCAUCUUGACAAAAACAUUGCGGAGGAUGUCAAGUUUGCGGACUCUCGUAUUCGCCAUCAAACAAUAUCUGCAGAAGACAUUUUACACGACCUGGGCGCUAUCAGCAUGAUAUCAUCUGAUUCUCAAGCGAUGGGCAGAGUUGGAGAGGUCAUAACUCGCACUUGGCAGACUGCCCACAAAAUGAGACGUCAAAGGGGACAGUUAGCCGAACAAGGAGGACCGGAUAUUGACAAUUUCCGCGUUAAAAGAUAUAUUGCGAAAUACACCAUCAACCCUGCAAUUGCACAUGGAAUUUCACAUCUAGUUGGCUCGGUUGAGGUUGGGAAGUUGGCAGAUUUGGUCCUGUGGAAGCCUGAAUUUUUUGGCGCAAAGCCUGAAAUUGUCAUUAAAGGAGGCACGAUCGCCUGGGCGCAAAUGGGAGAUGCAAAUGGAAGCAUCCCUACUCCUGAACCAAAACGCAUGAAGCCUAUGUUUGGUGCAACUGGGAAGGCAGGAAGCCUGCAUUCUAUAGCCUUCGUCAGCCAGGCGGCUGAAAAGGAAGGUGUAAAAGAGAAGUAUAAUCUACAAAAGAAAGUCGAAGCAGUUAGAAAUACUCGACAACUCAAAAAAACGGACAUGAAGCUAAACUCUGCAACCCCUGAUAUUGACGUUGAUCCUACAACUUUCCGAACUACUGCUGAUGGCGUUGAAUUGACUUGUCAACCUGCAUCUUAUCUUCCUUUAGCUCAGAACUACUUCCUCUUUUAGUAUUUAGUUUCGAUACAAAGACGUCACAAUCAAACACAUUCAUCAAACCAAGGAAAGCUAGAAGUAGAUAAGCGAUUCACCAAACCUUCAAAGUAGCGUAUUAGUCCAUUUAACCCAUCUAGUAGGAGGCUAGAAGAGAUAUCAAAGUACACUCUUUCCAUUUAGACAGUGAAGAAGUUGCUGACUUGGAGCGGAUUUGUAGUUGACGACGUCAGCAAGUUUGAGGAACAUUGCGCAACAUUUAGAUUAGACCUGAAUAGAGCUACUUUAGUGACACUGUAGUUGAAACUUACGCUGAGAGCGAUCCAUAGACAAGUUUUAGAAGCGCUCGUCAGAGCAGCAAUGGACGUCGAUAUUGGAUCCGUUAGUCUUAUGGAUUUGCUACUGAAGAACCAAAUAGAGGGGCCAAAGCUCAACGGUUCUCUACGGGUUGAGCGCGUGUAUGGGAAGUCUUCCACAACGCGAUCUUACGCAACCUAUCCCCUUCAGUUUAUGAUUCCAAAGAAGGCACUUCCAUCCCACGUGGAUGCCGUUCUGGUUUAUGCACUCACAUUUGGCGGUGGUAUAGUAUCGGGCGACUGCAUUUUCUUCGAAUUAAAUGUGGGUGCUGAUAGUACCAUGAUGCUUUUGACUCAAGGAUUUACAAAUGUCUACAAAUCAGUCGAAGGGAAGAUGUCACGCCAUAUUUUAAAGUGUUCAGUCGAGAGUGGUGGAUUACUGGCUCUUUUGCCAGAUUCUGUGGUAUGCUUUGCUACGGCCAGAUACUCUCAAGUUCAAAGGUUUAAUCUGGCACCAGAUGCCAGUUUAGUGCUCGUGGACUGGUUGACGAGCGGUCGAAUAGCGCGAGGUGAAGUUUGGAACUUUGAAUACUUCAAGAGUACAAAUCACGUCUACAUUCAGGAAGAUACGCCAUUACUGUUGGACUCGGUGUGUCUUGAUGAUCAUCUGAGUCCAUCUGUUUCGGAGCGAAUGGGUGACUAUCAUGUGAUCGCCAUGAUUUUCAUAUAUGGGCCUCGUCUAGCCGAGCUUCGAAAGCUGGUCCAGUCGAAUGUAGAAAAACUAGCCGGUGGGAUUUUAAAUAAUCGUCGAAGAACAUCUUCUUCAAGAGCGGAUCAAGUACAGACGCCUAAGCAAAAUCCUUCAGCACCGGCUUUUCUUGCAUCAUGUAGUACUGUGGGGCCACUGGGUGAUGGUCUCGUCAUUCGUGCCGCAGCAACAACUACCAGAUCGAUGUAUGGAUUUCUGAGGGAACAAUUGGCCACUCUUGAACCUAUAUUGGGCAGAUUUCCCUAUGCAGAUAACUAGCUGCAACUCCAUAUAUUUACUUAUAUACAUACAUACACAUGUUUUGGGUUUUCUCAAGUGCUUGAGGGCCCGCGAGUGUGAAAGAAUCACCUCGAACUUGAGCUUGGCUUACAAUGCACUGUGGACGAUCGUGUAGAUAUUUCACCACAGAACGUUAGAUAUUGAUUCAACUCCUCCGCUGCUGGAAAGGAAAGGUCGGGCACACAGAAGGUGGAAUCUUAUUGUGUCUGCCUGCCCAUCGUCCCAGGCUGUGGAGGAUAUGCGUGUUUGAUCAUGAUCUGCAUAAUCUGAAGGAUCUGAUAUUUUCUGGGAGAGCC